CAUACUGUCUUUUUCUUUCGUUGAUCAGACGACCGUGUGCUUGUUCUGCUAGUCAGCUAAGGCCGCAAUAAUAUCGGCAACUUGCACUUUUAAAUAAAACCAUCCAAAGUUUUUAAUUAAAUAAAUAAAAUCUCAAGAUGUCGACAAAGGCUGAACUUGCUUGCGUUUACUCCGCAUUAAUCCUCGCUGAUGAUGAUGUUGCUGUAACUGGUGAGAAAAUUCAGACUAUUCUGAAAGCCGCCAACGUUGAAGUUGAACCUUACUGGCCAGGACUUUUCGCCAAGGCUCUGGAAGGUGUCAACAUCAAGGACCUCAUCACCAAUGUUGGAUCCGGUGUUGGAGCCGCACCAGCUGGCGGAGCUCCAGUAGCUGCCGCUGCUGCUGCAGACGCUGCCCCCGCGGCCAAGGAAGCCGAGAAAAAGAAGGAGGAACCCGAAGAAGAGUCUGAUGAUGACAUGGGUUUCGGUCUCUUUGACUAAUUUCAAAUACCAAGAACUACAAUUAUCAGUACUGUGUAUUGAAAUUAAAUAACAAAAAAAAAAAAUAAAAUCUUUUUUUUUAAAUU